CUCCUGUUCCUCCUUAGAUGUCAGCUUUGAAAUCCGCCAACAAGGAGUUGAAAGGAAUGAUGAAAACUGUGAAGAUUCAAGACAUAGAUAACUUGCAAGAUGAGAUGAUGGACCUAAUGGAUGUGAGUAAUGAAAUCCAAGAGACCCUCGGUAGAAGCUACCAUGUGCCUGAUGAUAUUGAUGAGGAAGAACUCAUGGGAGAACUUGAUGCUCUGGAGGCAGACAUGGGAAUGGAAACUGAGGCUGAUGGUGUUCCUUCUUAUCUGCAACCUGAUAAGGAACCUGAUCUGGAUGCAGAACUCAACCUGCCAUCAGCACCCACAGGAAAUGCAGCAGCUCCGGUUGGUAGAAAUAAUGCUCUGGCUGAGGAUGAACUAGGUUUACCUGCUGUCCCCCCGGGCAUCCAUUCUGGUUAGGGAACUCCUUUGGUG